GCCUGCGAACAGUCGUGAAUUCAUCAUGCUUUUUUACGUGCACUAAGCAACCGUACUGUUUCGCUCGAUGGCAGCCUAGUCAGCCGGAGGAGGCCCAUGGAGCAGAUAACGCCAUCAGCACACAAAAGCUUAUUAUAUAUUGAUAAUUAAACUGCUUCAUUAUGGCAGCGUCUUCAUCACACAAGGUUUGUAACCAUAUGGCGCGCGCUGCUAUGCUGAUCAAAUGCUUUUGCGGCUGCUCGGACAUGACUGUUGCGGAAGUGCAGCGUAUUUACACGCUCACCAAUAGUGUGCAUCAAACCCUUCUGGACAGUGCCGCGGCCAUGCUGCUGCGCCGGUAUCUGGAGCUUCAGCGUGCAGGCGACAAAAAUGAAACGGAACAGUAUCUGGACAUCUAUGAGAAAUGCGCUGAAUUUUUGCAGGAAGAGCAGCGCACAUUUACGCAGGAUGAAAUCGAUGAGCUCUGCGAUUUGGGCCUGGCCUAUGACCUCGAACAAGAUCUGACCAGACGCACACGUAACGGUCAGGCCUCAGAGAUAAAGCUGGGCCUCUAUCGCAUUCAGGGCAAAUGUCGCAACGAGAUCGAGGCGAGCAGCGAUUUUCAGGACUUCAGAAACGCUAUACUCGCUAAAAUGCGUAGAAUACCUAAAUGAUGCAUGCUAAAGCAAGGAAUGGUGCCUUUUGUGUUCAUAUUAAAUAUGGUCCAGACGUAAAAAAUUCGAAAAUUUCUUCUUAAACGCACUCUGCCUCAACAAAUUUGAUCCCAGCGCCUUUUUAUGUCCAGCAAUCGAUUUGAUUGAAUCUAAAUAUUUAGUCAUAUUUGUAACGAAACCGUGUGACGCUUAGCUACAGUAGCAUAAUUACAAUUUACUUAAUUUAAGAGUUCCUCACAAUGUGUAUUAUUACAAUAAAAUCAUAUGAAUAUA